AUGGACUGGCACAAUACGGAUUUUGGUCUCAAGGAGCAGUUUCACGAUUUAUCUGGGACCGAGGAAAUUCCAAUGAACCUCAAUCUCAGCAGUGCUCCAGAAUCCGACGAACUGGGUGAUCUUUUCCGAGAUCUACCAUUCUUUCCCCCCAGCCAAGAACUCAACCCUAUUUCUCAGUAUCAUACUGGGUUGAAUACUCUUUCUACCUCAUCAACACUGGGAAAUGUAGCCUCGGGCUUUCAAUGCCCCAGUCAAGGAAACCAAACGGAAUAUGUUCAGCGCCCCGACAACAAUCAUGGCGGCUUGAGUGAGAUUAGCACAGCUACCCAUCCGUUGCUGUGCAUUUGGCCAGGUUGCACUCGACCCGGCCCUUUCUCCCUCAUAAAAAGCCUCAAACGACAUAUCCACACCCAGCAUGUCGCUCCACGUUCCUUUAAAUGCCCUCACGAUGGAUGUACCAUGUACUUCAAUCGGAAGGACAAUCUAGAUCAGCACUUGCGCUCCAAUACUCAUGGAAAGAAAACCUGA